AUGUCGAUCUACGAAUGCUCGGGGGCCGUCAACAUCACCACCCAAGCUGAUAUCGACAAUUGGCUGCUCUCUUAUCCCAAUUGUACAGUCAAACAAUCGGAGUUCGAUAUUCGAAAUGCAUCGGGGUCGCUCAACUUCACACGUGUCAUCACGGUGGACGCAGUAGUUGUCCAAGAUAGCCCACAGCUCGAAGCAUUGGCAUUCCCCAUUCUCACAGGGAUGGAUACGUUCGAGCUGAAUACCUACAACGGCAUUUACAUAUCCAACUCCUGCUUCGGACUCCCGGAGUUGUUCGCGGCGAAUGAAGUUGAGAUCAACGACAUGAGAGGGUGCGGGUAUGGAUGGCAGAAUGCGACGUCACUCACUCGGUUGUCACUGAAAAACUCGAGUGAUAUCACUUUGGGGUUUUCAAGCACGGCCAUCGAUCAAGCGUUGUUGGUAGAAUCGUCGACUAGUCUCAUCAAUCUCCUCUCUAACAGUAUCGACUUGACCGGAAUCCACACCGUUGGCUCGGAAGCAAAUUUCACCUCGAACUACCACGCCACUGUCAAUCUCGUGGACCUUGGAACUGCUGCAAGCCUUUUCGCGAACAACAAUACGGAAUGUACAUUCGACUUCUCGCAGCUCUCCAAGGUCACGAACCUGACUAUGAUAGACAACCCAGCUACCAUGAUACCGUCCUUCCCCAGCCUAACAUCAGCCACGAACAUCCACCUCCGGAGCAAUAUCAACACGUCUCUCGGGCCCAAUUUCUUUCCUGCCUUGACGGGCGCGGGCAAUGUCACCAUCGAGGCGUGGAAUGACGAUUUUAGCUGCUCGAAACUGGUCCUUCAGCAGCAAAACGGCCUCAUCAAGAAUCUAGCUUGUAACGGAACCGACAACAGCACGGCCACCUCCGCGCCAACGCACUCCUCCGCUUCAAGCCUAUCAGGAGGCGCCUGGGCCGGCAUCGGUGUAAGCACCGGGGUCGUUGUCCUCGGCGCAGCACUAGUCUGGAUAACGCUCCACUUCCGGCGCCGCUUCGCACAGCUCGAAGGACGAGCCAGUGCCCAGCAGCCGGUCGACGUUGACAGCCUAUUUACCGAGCCAACCCAGGUCUAUUCCGAAGAUACACACGAGGCCGAAGGCCAGGGCAUCAUUCGCGAGAAACCUGACGACCACAUGCGCGAGAUGUACGUUCGUCCCGAGGAGACCGCCAGCACGCAGAUCCUGGAGAUGGAUGCGGCGCCGGUAGAGCCCGGAUGGUAUGCCAGGGACGGUGAGGAUGGGGAGUUGAGAUACAUGUCGGGACAUAGACAUGAGGGAGAGUACGGGCCUCGCUAG